AUGCAGAAGGCAACCUACUACGACACCUCCACGCUCUUCGGGGGCUACUCCUACCAAGGGGCCAAUGGCUUUGGCUACGAGGGCCCCCCGCCGCAGCCUUUCCAGCCUGCGGCCCACGUGGAGAGCGACUACCAGAGGCCCGCCUGCACCCUCCAGUCUCUGGGCAACGCGGCCCCCCUGGCCAAAACGAAAGACGUGAACGGGAGCUGCAUGCGCCCCAGUUUGCCUCAGGAGCAUCACCCGCCCCCGCCCGUCUCGCCACCCUCCAAUCCACUCGCCGCGGCCGCCACCACCAACAGCAGCAGCAGCAGCAGCACCGGCAGCACCGGCAGCAGCACCCAUAGCCAGCCAGGCUCGCUCAAAAGUGGCCCUGGCAAGCCCAGCCUGGGCUCUAGUAGCACUGCCCUCACCAAGCAGAUUUUCCCCUGGAUGAAAGAGUCAAGGCAAAACUCCAAGCAGAAAAACAGCUCCCCCAGCACAGAUCCUGAAUCCCCCCCGGGCGCCUCCUCGGCUUCGAAGAGGGCGCGCACGGCGUACACCAGCGCCCAGCUGGUCGAGCUGGAGAAGGAGUUCCACUUCAACCGCUACCUGUGCCGGCCCCGCCGCGUGGAGAUGGCCAACCUGUUGAACCUCAGCGAGAGGCAGAUCAAGAUCUGGUUCCAGAACCGGAGGAUGAAAUACAAAAAGGAUCAGAAGUCGAAGGGCUUGGGGUCGUCCUCCGGGGGGCCCUCCCCGACGGGGAGCCCUCCCCAAGCCAUGCAGUCCUCGGCGGGCUUCUUGAACGCCCUGCACCCCAUGACCUCGAACUACGACGCCCCCUCUCCGCCCUCCUUCAGCAAACCCCACCAGAAUGCCUACGCCAUGCCCACGGCCUACCAAAACCCCAUCAAAAGCUGUCCCGCGCAGCAGAAGUACGCCAACACGGCGCCCGAGUACGACCCGCACGUCUUACAGGGCAACGGGGCGGGCGGCGGGGGCUACGGCCACGCCAACAUGCCCGGCAGCCCGGUGUACGUGGGCGGCAGCUACGUGGACUCCAUGGGCAGCUCCGCGCCGUCGCUGUACGGGCUGAACCCGCUGCAGCAUCACCAGCCGCCCAGCAUGGAGUUCAACGGCGGCGCCGCCAUGGGCUCCAACCAGCACCACGGACCCUGUGAGUCCCACCCGACGUACACAGACCUUUCCAGCCACCACGCUUCUGCUCAGGGUAGAAUCCAAGAGGCGCCCAAGCUGACCCAUCUGUGAUG